AUGGGUAACACUGAAGGCACUUCAACAAAAAUCUAUAUGGCUGAUUUUGCAUACAACCCUUGUUAUUGCUUUGAACUUGCGACUAAGUCUCUCUUCAAGUGCUUUGGCUUUGAUUCUCUGACUAAGGCUUCUGUAAAUCAGAAGGGGCAAACCCUCAAUGACCCCCCUUCACUUACCGAACAAGAAAUGAAAGCCAGUGAAGAUCUUUCCGGGAAAAGCACUAAUUCGAGUCUUACUCUUACCUCUUCACCUGUAAGGCCACCAAUAGACCCAGGGGAUGGUGGUCAAACCAACUGAAACAAGUUUCUAUGGCUCUGCAAGCAGUCUUUCUUCUCUGAUGUUCUUCAAUAUGCUUGCAUGUAGAGAGAGAAAGAAAGAGAAUAUGACAUCUUUUAUGCUGUGAUAUAUA